GUUGUCAAUACAUGUAAGUUGUCAAGGGUGCAGCAAAAGGGUUGCUUCUUCAAUUUACCACUUAUCGGUUCCCCAGUUUUAUUAAUCUCGACAACUUCCCCCAAAAGCUAUUUCUUACCUUUCCUUCUUCUUUAAGAGAACACUUAUUUGUGCGCACGUCAAGCAUCAACAUCGACACUUCCUACCUCAAGUCUUUGUCUUCGAGACGCGCCGUUCAUUUGCACCACCACGCUUCAAUUUCUCAUCCAAGCCUUUCACUUUCAAUACCGCAAUCAUGCCUGGUGUUCCUAAGGGUGCUCUUGACAACUUGAAGGCCAAGCUCAAGAAGAUCUUCAGCAAGAAGCCCAAGGCCGAGAAGAAGCCCAAAGAGGCAUCCAAGGCUGACGCUGCGGCUCCUGCUGCCGCAGCCGCCGCCGAAGCCCCCAAGGCUGAUCAGCCCGCCGAGGCACCUGCUGCCCCUGCGCAGGCUGCUGCUACUACCGAGGCUCCCAAGCUUGAGGCCCCCGUCGAGACCGCCGCCCCUGCCGCCGAAGCCCCUGCCGAGGCCAAGCCCGCCCCCGCUGCCUAAGCGGACGUCAUCUGCAAUGGUCUCCGAUCGAAUCAAUUCAGACAGUAUAAACUGAACUAAUAUGGUCGUUGGACAAGUGGAGUGAACGGGGCUGCUUUCUGUCGCAGAUUGCUGACAAUGGUUUUGAUUUCAUAGCUUGGUGGUUGCGAAUGGACGGAGGAUAUUCCCACAGAGUUUGCAGUUUGAGAGAUACCCUAAUAAUACUGGUUUGGCACACAAUGGCAUUAUCCUUCGGUCUUUAGGGGUCUAUCAGCACGUGAUACACUAUACUUCUAGUACCGUUUUUAUCCUAUUUUUCAUAUUGGUCUUGAACGCUAUUGCAUGUGAUAGAAACUGUACCAAGUAUCUACGUCUCUUACCUCACGACCAGGCGGGCUGCUCGAAAAGGCAUACCCAAGUACAUGUUCACGCAUUCCUGAGGUCCUCUUGCCCGGCAGACCUGAUGUAGAUACUAUCCAACUAUUCUUUGAGCAUUAUUGAUUGCAAUACGAUUUGAAGAGACCCAUCAUUUUGUUUGAGGACCAGAGGAUAAGUUGAUACGUGUGUUUGGCAAGUGUGUGGAAGCUUUCUAUGGGCAAU